CAAAAGCAGCAGGGAACACUCGGAGCUUUUCAUUCAAGUGCCUAAUCAGCGCACCAUCAUGUCAUCUCUAUUGCUGAAAUUAACCGUCGUAUUUUUCACUAUAAAUCUUGUCUCAUGCAACCUGUUCGCCAAUCAGCGCCCAUUGAAAGCGAAGCUGCAGCGCAAGGCCCUCGCGACGAAACUGCUCAUGAGGAAAACUUUGGCAAAAAUGCUUCUCGCCAAGCCCUGUCAUAUUUUGAAGCCGAAAGUUAUUUUCUUCCUCAAGCCAUACCUCAAAUUAGCAGAACAAGUGGUGCAACUCGUCAACGACAAAUGCCCUCGUAAAACUCCUAGCAGCCCGCAAGACGACAGGUUCGCGAGGUACAGAGCUGGACUCGCAAUCAGAAAACAAGGAAUUUCCCCUUUUCAAAAUUCAGCUAGGGACUUGACAAACGCUGGCGAUGGCUUUGUUGGUGAAGUGAGGGAAGACUCACCCCCAUCAGCUAAUGGUCCAAUGGUCGGAGAGGUUGGGCCUAGAAAUUUUCUAUCCAGGGCGUUCCGGUCGUUUGCCAACCACGACGAGUACACGCUAGACGAGGUCUCGCCAAUGUUGAAACCUGUGCAUCAUUUGCUUAGAAACACCGGGCGAGCGAUGCUUCCGCCUCCCCCUGAUCAAGAUGCAGCUGCAGAACCUUCCAAACCUUUGUACAUUGACAACCUGCCAAUGACACAAUAAAAAGGACCAAAAUAGAUA